GGCGUCCCGACGCCCUGCUGUAAGACCGCGAACCCCCUUGGUGCGAUUUUUUGGCUGCAGUGACGCUGGUUGGAUUUUAUUUGUUUGUUUAUUUUGGUUGUCCACUUUUCGUACGCGCAAAUGGUGCGAAAUUGGAACCGGUGGAGCUCGGAAUGAGGAAUUAUUCUCGUUGAAAGAAACCGCGCGGUAAGAGGAGAACAUGAGAUAAAUUCAUCCCCAUCUGUAUAUGGUGCGGCCGAUCGGUAUGGCUGUGGAAUCGCUCGGUCAACCGGAGUGAACUUAAGUUUGUGACGCGAUUGAAAUAAUGACAAAAUAAAUGAAAAAUACAACUACAACGUGUGAUUACUAAUUUUUUUAUAAUCAUACCAACCUGCGUUUAAUCUGUGUAAAAUAUUUGCCGCAUGAUAUACGAGUAAAAUAUUUUAAAACAGACCAGGUAUAAUAUAUGUAUAAAAAGAAAAUAUGUAAUUUAAGUUUUGAACCGUACAGGUAUAGCACAACUGUGAUUAGAAUCGUUCUAGCUAAUUCCGGCUGUAAAGUUGGUCGAUACUUUUUCAUAAAAAUUUGUUUUUCUUUUCAUCCUGCCCGAAAUUUGUUUGCAUAUUAUUGAAGAAGAGUAGUUGAAAAUUUUUCCGAAAACGUCUUUUUUUCGGCUCGUUAAAUAAAUCGGUACACCAAUUCUCAGGCUCUUCUAUUAUAUGCGGCAGACUUAUGACCCGAGUGAGUUAAACUGUAGACGCUUUUCACCCCCUGGAAGUUCCGUUCUUAAUGUAGGUCAUGCUGCAGCUUACGCCAUCCCGGGUAGUCGGGCGACCGGUUUCUGAUUUACGGUUUCGCGCGUUUAUUCUCGGCCUAGGUUCAAAUGCAUCUUAAUUUUCAAUCAGCACGCUCAGCGUUUAGAUACGGGGGUUGCACAAUUGAUGAGCCACCCGCAGCUACGAUCAGUUCGUCCGUUAUGCAGAAGUUUUAUUUUUCCUCAAACUUCUUGACGUAAAGCGAUAAUCAAAUUUCGAAACAGCUCUCCGAAUCGAUUAAAUACGCCACAAGAAUGUAAAGCUUUCGGUGUCGUUGAAUACCGUCGUUGGGAAGGAAAGAUAGAGGAUUUACGGUUGGAUAUGUAAAGCGAAGUACACGUACGUAUAUUUCGUUUAAAAAAAAGAAAAACCUUAAAAGGAUCACGCUUUUUCCUCUAAGGGAUCCGGGCGGCGCAUCCUAACCACUCACUAGGUUCAAUCAACGUGCAUCAGGGAUGGUGUUUAAUUAAAAAGUGAGAAGAUUGAUAUGUGCGAUAUGAAUCCUAACCCGGGUACACACGCCAAACCGGUUCGUUUCAUCGGGCGGGAAUCGAUCCGCGGGUGUGAGAAAUAAAAGAAACGAAUUCAAUUAAGUUCGGAAGUGCUUGGUACACGCGGCUUUCCCGUUGGGGUAUUGAAGGAUCAGAGGAUACACACGUAUCGGGGUGUACAAUCGAGAAGUAAUAAUUAAAAGUAAAAUAGUGGAAAUCACAGAACAUUCGAGCCGACACCGCGGCAAGGGUUGUAAAGUAAAUCGAACCGUUAAUUACAGUCGGCGUCUUUAAUUCGUGAGUAUAAAUGAAACGAGUUUGAAACCUCGGGGGUGAUAAGGGAUAUUCAAACGAACCGACACCGUCGAACCGCCGUGCGAAUAUUACGGUCAAGUUCUCAUCAAGACUCCAAUCGACGUCCAAAGGUUACCGUUCAAUUCACGAGGGUGAAAAAUCCACCCCACGUACGAAAACCGUGCGGAAUAUCGCGCCGUGAGAAGCAUGAACGGUUCUCCGGUUUGCCGUUUCAGUGUCGUGUUCGGCGAACGCGGCGAGCAACCGAGUGUCGCGCGGUAGAGCGAAAGAUGAGACGCAGAAACAACGGGUGCUGCUGCCUCCAGGUGAAGAGGUCGGCACGCUCCUCUUGCGGCGACCCCGAGAGCGCCGAGCCACCCGGAUGGUGCGUUUACGUCGCGGUCGCUCUGGUGGCGACAGGGUGCUACCUGAACGCGCUUGGCGGCGACUUCGUGCACGACGACAUACCGGCGAUCGUCAGGAACAAGGACGUGCUGGCCUCAAGCUCGGUCGCCAACAUCCUGAGGGACGACUUCUGGGGCACCCCGAUGCAGGAUCCGAACAGCCACAAGAGCUACCGACCUCUGACCACUUUGACCUUCCGAUUGAACUACCUUACCGCUGGUCUCACGCCGAUGUGGUUUCACGCGACGAAUGUAGCUCUACACGCGGCUGCCUGCGUCCUCGUUACAAAAGUUAGUCUCGCCGUUGCCUCGCUUCGACCCGGAUUUGCAGCUUUGACUGGCCUCCUUUUCGCAGCUCACCCUAUCCACACGGAAGCGGUUACCGGGAUUGUCGGGAGAGCGGACGUCCUCGCCUGCAUUUUCUUUCUGCUAUCUUUUCUGGCCUAUCACGGUCAACAAACGGCCCACGUCUGGAGCAGCGUGGGACUCGGCGCUUUGUCGAUGCUUGCGAAGGAGACCGGAGUCACGGUGCUUGUCCUCAAUCUCCUCUACGACCUCUGUCGAUCCUGGCACUCGAUAAAAAGGUCGCUACUCGAGGCGCGGUGGAACGACGAAUCGAGAAAUUUCUCACGGCGAGCCGCGGCUCUUCUCGUAUCGUUCGGAGUUCUCCUGGUGGUGAGACUCGCCCUCCUCCACGGUUCCCUGCCAAAGUUCUCACCCCCGGACAACCCGGCGGCCUUUCAUCCGUGCCUACACGUCAGGCUGCUGACCUUUUGCUACCUGGCUGCACUGAAUUUCUGGUUGCUGGUGUGCCCCGCGACGCUAUCGCACGACUGGCAAAUGGGCUCGGUACCCCUUGUGGCGUCCGUGGCGGACGCGAGGAAUUUGGCUACCUGUCUUUUCUUUGGCGGCUGCGUGGUGCUCACUUACAAAGCAUUCACGGACUUCGAGCAACAGAGGCAUCCACCUUUGAUUCUUGGCUGGAUGUUCCUGGUGCUGCCUUUUCUACCAGCCUCGAACCUGUUCGUCACCGUCGGCUUCGUCAUGGCUGAAAGAAUUCUCUACAUACCCAGCGUUGGCUCAAUCCUGCUGACCGUGUACGGUGCUCAGGUGACGUGGACGGCCGUUCCGCGGAGACGAAGUCUCAUCACAGCGGGAGUGGUGCUACUUUUAGCAUCGGGGUGCUGUCGGACGGUGUUACGGAACCGUGACUGGACGUCGAGGGAGACGUUGCUCAGGUCUGGCCUCCGGACCCUGCCGCACAACGCCAAGAUGCAUUACAAUUUCGCAAACUUUCUCAGGGACUCUUCGCAGCCCGAACGAGCCAUCAUCCACUACCACUUGGCACUCUGGCUGUGGCCGACUUACGCGAGCGCUCACAACAACCUGGGAACUCUGACGGUCGGCGAAGAGGCUGAACAGCACUUUCUGUCAGCCAUUAACGCCCAGCCGGGUCACGUCAACGCUCAUUACAAUCUUGGCCAGCUCUACAGAAAAACGAACCGGACUGACGAGUGCAUAAGGAUGCUGCAGAGAUGCGUGUCCUUGGAUCCAGCUUACACCCCCGCCUAUUUGGUGCUGGCGCGAUUGGCGACCGGGCAAACAGCGGGGGCGCUUCUUCGGCACGUCGUUCGUCUCCAGCCACGAAGCCCUGACCACCUAGCCGAGUACGCGGCAUGGUUGAACAGCAACGGUAAAUGGCUCGCCGCUCUGAGGUACUUUCUGAAGGGGAUGGAGGUCUCGAACUGUCACAGAGCCUCUCUUCUCGGCACGGCGAGGAUCCUUCGCGCCAGGGGACAGUGGCCUCGGGUUCACCAGCUCGUCACGAGGUGGCACUUGAUGCUGCGAGCGAGGCGAGGGGGUCUGAUUUAUCGAGGGGACCUCUACAUCCGGGCAUGGCAGCUGCAGAGUGAGUCUCGUCAUCGAGCCCAUCAGCAUCAGCACAAUCUCUGCCUGACGGAAACGGGAUGCACGACUCCGAGGGUCGCGAGCGUUUCGGUCCAGCUGGAGCAGGACAGCAACAAAUCGGAGCAGCUUCAGAGAGCGCCGCGUUGCGGAGUGCGACCGGAUCGGCAGACGAGGAAGACGAAAGCUCGAGUCACGGCGCCGGCGCUCCUCGUCCAGAAUCUACUCGAGACGCUUUAGUACCUACAAUCUGAUUCAGGUUUCAACGAGGUUUGGAAUUGUUUCGCGUAGCGUGUAGAGGCCCGCAAAUUUGCGCAACGCGUUACGCAAAGACGAACGAAGACAUGUGAGGAUAGCAAAAGGAGAUUAAGUCGAGGUGAUGACGUUGAAACGAGAUGGAAAAAUUAUUUUACCGAUUGAGCCGAUGGUGAUUUUUUAUGCUAGGGUAUAACGUUGUGUAACGGUAUUAUUGGACGAAUGAUAUUACGAUACGGUGAAGUGUAAUUGAAUUGAAGGUCCGGAGCUGCAGGGCGCGAAUAUUCAAUAUUGUACAACAAUAUGAUGUAACGAUAUCACGGUGAUGUAAUUUUCUAUCGCUUGAAAUCUUGAAUGUACAUUCUAAUACAACAGAACAUCAUAUUGUAUAUAAUAUAUAGUUGACGUUUAACGCAUUGUUAUUAUAAUUAUUAUAGAUAUUGUUGCUAUCAUCAUUAUUGCGUAUCAUUGUAUCGUUUUAUGAUAUACUUGUCCUAUAAUACAUAUAAACUCGAUGAUAAUUAUAAUUCGAAUAUUCACCGUGGUUGUGUUACUUUUAAUUUUAUUUUAAUCCACUUCAUUUUCGUUUCAAAUUUCACAAUACUGAUUUCUGAAACUUUCACGGUUAGCUGUACAGUCAGCGUGCGUUUAGGUUUAUUGAAAUUUCAGUAAUCAUUCUCAACGCCGAAUGCUCUACUUACAACGCUUCGAUAUUGAUAAACCGAUGAUUCCGAAGGGUUCACAAGCUUUGUCCGUGUGAGAAGAAAGGUUUUAUUAUUAGAAAAAUGUAUGCGGUAACGAAAUAUCGGAUAGGAAAUGCGAAACAGGUAUGAGCUGCCGACAAAUUUGGCGAACAAGAUUGUUCAAUCGUAUUAUUAGCAGAUCUCGAAAUCGUUGAAAUCACUGCAGCUUUCCGGUUCUGGGAGAAAAUUGCUGCAGCAAGGCGAGGUUUGAAAUUAUUUUACAAAGACGAAGGAUGAAGCAGCAAAUAAGAAAAUAAACAAUUUGUGUAAGAAUGGAUACAAAUGAAUAAGUAAAUAAAUAAGAGGAACUGAGAUUAGUAAGAAUCGAUUUCGGCAGUAAGGGUAUCAAAUUAUGUACUUUGCAUGUGGACCAAUCGAAUGUUUUGUACCGAUCUGUGAGAUUGAAAUACUACAAGGAUUGUACUCGGUGUGAAAUAAGAAACGAAGGAAACCGCAAAGGAAAAGACGCUAUAAGAUUAAUUAUAGUGAAAACAUAUUUGUAUAUUUCAAUGAAUUUUUGUGAUUAAACUCUAUACAAUACGAUUACUAUUGCUAACACAUCGUACAACAAUUGAUAAUAAUUGUCUGAUAAAUAAUAACCCUGAUCCAGAAGUUUGUCUUGUAGAAAAUUAUACGCAUCUGCUUGUAAGUUAGACACGAGCUCAAAAUGGAAAAUUUGCAAUUGAAUUAUACUUGUAAAUAUAUCAUAUUUAUAUACCGUGAAUGUAGUACUUUGUACGCGCUAUGAGAUUGCGAAAUUACACGAUUCAUUUAUCGUGGGUUUUGAAUUCAUGCACAAGACUAUCUUAAUUCAUUUCCGGUUUCGACGAAUCCUCCUGUGGGUACAACUUGCAGUAUCUUAGCGCGUAUAAAAUGACAUAUCCCGCAAUUCUAUACGCAAUUUAUAAAAACAGCUCUUUAGAUUCUUUGUAGAUUGUAAAAUUGGACCGUAAUUAGUCCAAUUACUGCUAGCCGUUCUCAUUUUUCACUGUUUGCUUAGACGAAAGAAAUGCCAAAUAUAGCCACCGCAAAACUUUCUGCGGCUCGGUGUAACGUGCUAUAAAUAAAUAGAAGAAGAAAAAAAAAUGACAAACGAUCAAUAAAGCGAAAAAAGAAGAAAUAAAACAAAUAGCGAAUAAAUUAUAUUAUAUUCGUGCAAAUGCGAUUAUCUGUGAGUGAAUUAACAAAAUCGCGGAAUAUCGGGGUGCAAAAAGGGUCAGGAUAGCUUAAUCUGCAGUACUAAGGAACGAAAAUAAAGGUAAACAAAUAACCAAUAUUAAAUACGGUAUUAUACGUAGGUACAUUAUAAGCCUGACGGUAUUUGUAACAAAUAAGUACUCAUACAUAUAUAAAUAUAUUUAUAUAUAUUUAUGUAUAUAUAAGUCUGUAAAUAUAUUUUGUAUCGUUAAAAUUAAAAAGCUGGUUAUUUCAUAUAGGAAUAACGCGUGUAAUUAACUAUAUAUUAUGUAUAAAUAUGAUUGAAACAAACCAAGAAAAAAAAAAAAAAAAAAAAAAAGAAAAAGAAUCUAGCGUAGUGUAUG